GAAGAUGUUCGCUUCGAUGCAACAUCGAGGCUUCUGCUCCAUCUGGCUGCAAGAUAAGAGGGGAUUGACCGUGCAUAGUAACUGCCGUUCGACUUUACGUUGUGCUCCUCAAGUGACCUACCACCGAUGUCGCAAUUGCCGGAGCUGCCCAGCCCGACCGUUAGUACCACCAAGACCGGGACGACAGAAGUCGAGAGCAAGGAUGAAGGCCCAUCAUACACGCCUUUACCUCCAGCCCUUACUCCCCAACAACAGCAGCGGCUGUGGAGGAAGGUCGACACGAAGCUGUUGCCUAUUCUUACGCUCAUGUUCUUGUGCGCGUAUAUGGACAGAGCAAACAUUGGAAAUGCAAAAAUUCAGGGGCUGACGACACAGCUUCGCUUGACUGGAAACGAGUUCAAUAUAGUACUCACUAUGUUCUACAUUCCGUUUUGCCUCUUCGAGUGUCCCGCAAACUUGGUCUUGAAGAAGUUUCGCCCUUCUAGGUGGCUUCCUGGCCUAACUGUUGCAUGGGGUAUAACUCUAACGUUGAUGGGAUUGGUCAAGAGCUAUCCGCAGCUUGUCGGCACUCGUAUGUGUCUCGCCAUCGCGGAAGCUGGCUUGUUUCCCGGUGUUGUAUACUACAUGACACUAUGGUACCCGCGUCACAUGCUGCAAGUCCGCGUUGGUAUCUUCUAUGGCGGCGCGACUGUUGCAGGGGCGUUCUCCGGUGUCCUCGCCUAUGGAAUAUCAUUCAUGUCCGGUACUGCUGGCUUCCUCGGCUGGUCGUGGAUCUUCAUACUUGAAGGAAUUUCUACUGCGAUUGUCGGCGCGGCGGCUUUCUUCGGCACGAAAAUUUACAAUUGCCCUCGGACGGAGAUUGACAUUCAUUUAGUGCUGGUGGACUUCCCUGACACGGCGGCAUUCCUCACGGAAGAGGAACGGGCAUUCAUCAUAUGGACCAAGAAGUACGAUAACUCUUCCGUCGGGGAAGAGGAGCACUUUGAAGUGCGGCACGUCAUUGCGGCUUUGCGUGACUGGCAGAUAUGGUUGCAUAUCAUCCUAUACUGGGCUAUCUGUGCUCCAUUGAAUGGGAUAACUCUCUUCUUACCGUCAAUCAUCAAUGCGAACAGAUUUGGCUAUGACCCUGCUGUCAGUCAGUUGCUCACAGUUCCGCCGUACAUCUGCGCCACGAUCGUGCUAGUUGUCUUUGCCGUGUGGUCCGACUACAUCAAGAUGCGCUCGCCCUUCAUUCUUGCAGGACUCGUGCUAUGCCUCGUAGGCUUCUCUAUCAAUAUAUCCGCGACGUCCGCCGGUGUCAAAUAUUUUGCUGUGUUCUUCUGCGUAACUGGGCCGUAUGCCGCUUAUCCUGGGCUCGUUGCAUGGCUUGGGAACAAUCUUGCUGGCCAGUACAAACGUGCCACUGGAAUGGCUCUCCAAAUCGGAAUCGGGAACUUCUCUGGUGCUAUAGCAAGCAACAUAUAUCUAUCGGAAGAUGCACCGCGAUAUAUCAUUGGUCAUGCACUGGAGCUGAUGUUUGUUGGGAUUGGAUUGGUAUCCUUACCAUUCAUCGUCUUGAUGUACAAGCGAAUCAACACCAGACGAGACAUCUUACAAAAAGAGAUGGAAGAGAUGGGCAUAAGCUACGGCGAUGAAGAACUAAGGCGUAUGGGAGACCGUGCACCUGAUUUCCGAUACAUACUGUAGAUCGUACACUACAUCUACUGUAACGUACCUAUGUGCAUGUGAGGACGGAUUGUGGUUAGGGUGCCUUCAGUGUAUUAUAGAGCUAUCUCAAAGCCUGUCAUUGACCACUGUAAACAUGGUACAGUAUGAUCCAUAAGUUAAAGAGUGUAGCGGAAUUCCGGGGCGCGGUCGCCCAGUCUUCGCAGUUCUUCUGCCGAGUAUUCUAUGCCUUUCUCCUCCAUGUCUCUCUGAUUUUUGUCUCGUUUUGCGUUCUCCCACUUGUACAAUGCUACCAGG